UUCAGUCAAGUGGCGUGGUGACGUUGUCAGAACGCCAAGUCUGAAUCAGAACGCACCAGAAAGGCUUUUGCGCUUAGGUAUUUAUAUUUAGCUAAAUAAAAACGGUUCUGACUUCCCUGGCUUUUCCCCAGAAUGUUUCGAAGAAAGCUCACAGCACUAGACUACCACAACCCCUCGGGUUUUGACUGUAAAGAUGAGACAGAGUUCAGGAAUUUUAUAGUGUGGCUGGAAGAUCAGAAAAUCCGACAUUACAAGAUUGAAGACCGGGGCAACCUUCGGAACAUACACAGCUCAGAGUGGCCCAAGUUUUUUGAGAAGUAUGUGCAGGAUGUAAGCUGUCCGUUUAACGCUCAAGACCGACAAGAAACUGUUGACUGGCUGCUAGGCCUAGCUGUUCGCUUUGAGUACGGAGAUAACGUUGACAAAUACAAGAAUUGCAAACCUGAGGCUGCGUCCAACAACACCGAGAAGCCAUCUGAUCCACUCAUCAACUUGGACAGCAACAAUCCUGACUUCAAGGCUGGUGUGAUGGCCCUUGCCAACCUCCUGCAGAUCCAGCGCCAUGACGACUAUCUGGUGAUGUUGAAGGCUAUUCGAAUCCUGAUCCAAGAACGGCUAACGCCUGAAGCCAUAGCGAAAGCGAGCCAGGCGAAAGAGGGCCUACCCGUCUCCUUGGAUAAGCAUGUAUUGGGCUUUGACACAGGAGACGCCACUCUGAACGAGGCGGCGCGGAUCCUGCGGCUGCUGCACGUGGAGGAGCUGCGGGAGCUGCAGACGCGCAUCAACGAGGCCAUCGUGGCCGUGCAGGCCAUCAUCGCCGACCCCCGCACCGACCACCGCCUGGGCAAAGUGGGCAGAUGAUGGGCCUGCGCAGACGCCUGCACCCGCGCUGCACGCAUGGGCCUGCGGCCUGCGCAGACGGUCACAGACUCGCUGGGCUCUUCGGCUCUCUCCAAGCCUCUCUCGUGGAUUUCUGUUUUUUUUGUUUUUUGUUUUUUGGGAGAGUGGACAAGAUUGGGACAUAGGUCUUGGAAAGCCAUCAUACUGUAUGUGUGCAGAACAUAUGGUACAGUGAGUGUGUGUGUGUGUGUGUGUUGGAACGGAGAUGUGUAAAACGCAUUAAAGGGGGGAAAAAAGAGAAGAGAGGAUGUUGGAUUUUGUUUGGUCUGCGGCAUGGCUCAAGAGGAAGGUGAAAGGGAGUCAUAAGGUCUGAUUCAGAGGAAACGGCUGUGUCAGUACCUGUGUUUACCUGUCGUUGGGCAAUCCGAUGUCAGAAAAUCCUGUACUGGAUUAUACAUUUGCACUCGGAAGAGAAACUAUGCUAAAGGUUGCACAGAGCAAAUUUCUGUACUUCAAAUAUAAACCCUGUUCUUAGAGAGAGUCCACAUUGAAUUAUCCUGGUGUGCUGGGUCACCUGUAUCAU